AGCCAGGACUCCAAUAAUCACAUUAUUCUGCAUUGGGUUGACGCCUCCUGAAGCGGAAGGAAGAAGCGAUGUCCAACAACACCGCCAACAUCUCUGACGCGGUCACCUUAAAGAUAAACUGCUUAUUUGAAUGAGACUUUUUUUUCCGAGUUUGGCCAUUUCGCGACGGAGACAGAAAACAAUCGGAGGAAAGUUGGCUGAAUAUUUGUUGUCCACGGUCGGUGGGUGGUGCGCAUUUCCGAGUGCAGCACACCGCACUCUGCAGCAUCCAGACUGAUCACUGCAGCCUGAAGCACAUUUCUGCACAAACCGAUGCCUCAUUGACUGUGGACCUCUCCCAACCUCUGCCACUGAUCUCCGAGGAGCAGCCGGUCGAACAUGGCAGAUUCAUCAUCCAACAUGAUGAGCUACCCAAGGAGGAUCUUACAAGUCUACAUGCAGUUACAGACUCCCAGCGUUAGCACCAUGCUCCAUGUUUUGGUAGUCGGCUACUCCUUUUGGUUGACUUCAUUCUCCCCGUAGCUCGUGGUUGACGGCCAACAUGGAGGAGAGCAAGCUCAUCUUCAGCCUGGACCGCCACGAUGAGGGUCCCAUCGUGGCGUUCUCCAGAGACAAGCCGCAAACCAGAGAGAGUCAACCUGACCUCAGUUUGGGGAUCGAUUUGGACCUGAGCCAAGGCCACCGUUCCCAAACCCCUUUCCUGCCUCACUCCCCCUCCUCCCCAGGCUCUUUAGCUGAUCUGUCAGCAUCAUCAGCAGGUCUGCUUGUCACCACAAACUUGGUCAAAUCCUCCUCCACAGACCUGGAGCCGAGGGAGGGCAGCUCUCUGAGAAGCAAACCUCUCCUCAGCUUGGUCAAGUCCCUGAGCACAGAGAUCUCCCGUCGCGUUGAGCCAGAGGUCAAUCUCUCCAAGUCUGACUCCAAGCUGCAUUUGCAUCCAUGGAAGCAGCUUACCCAGCCAAAGAUCGCAGAGGCAAGGCCUGAAGCAGGAGGACUGAAUGAGAAUGACGACUGGGCGUCACCUCCUUCCACAGGCAGCAUGUCUCCCACCGAACCGCGGGGCAGCUCACUGAUCGCUGAGCUGGAGGACACACGGAGGAAGUUCUCCGAGGCCAUGCAGGAUCCUCUGAGCAUGCUGAGUAAGAUCAUGGGGGAUGAAAGCUGUGGCAGCCCCAAGCAGGGGAGGGCCUCUGGUGCUGGAGACUCACCAGCCUCCCAAGCGAGCUGUGGAAGAGAGGGGAGCGGUGAAGAUGCAGAGUUCAAGUGCUGGAGGAGGACUGAUGGUGAGCACAGAGGUGUGUUUGACACUCCUCUGAGAAGACUCCAAAAGGGUUCAUUAAUGAAAUCCCCUGGCUCCCCAGAACACCACGCCCACAGCAGAGACAGCAAUUACGAAAUUCACACUUAUGGAGAUAUGAUUCAAGUAGUGGAGCUCCAGAAUGGAUCCAGAGGGACACAUCACAAAACUUACACCCAGUCUCGAGGCAUAGUCCCACGCUCAUCGCUGCCUAUUCACUGGCUCUUCCCUGUGGGUCUUCUAGCUUACGGGUUUUUUGUGCUGCCCCUCCCCUCCUACCUGACAGGUCUAUCUGUGGGGGUUGCAUGUGGCUUUAUGCUGGGCCUGGUGGUCGUGUUCAUGUUUGCCCCACGACGCUCAAAUGCCGGAGGCAACAAGGGCUCUCGUUUCAAGUCAAGCAUGUGUCCGCUGGAUGGAAAGCUCACAGAUCCAGAAAUUCUAGAGGGCUGGAUGAAUGAGACGCACAGCUACGACCCUGAGACUUUCCACCCCUCCAUCACACACUCUGUCUAUGUCACACUGGAGGGCAGCCGCCUGCACCUGGCACACCCGCGUGCCAACAUCCCUCGGUGGGCGGCGUUUGACGAGACACCUCGCGAGGCCAUGUUUCUACGUUCACGCACUUAUCAGCUGGCUAACUGUAAGGUGUCUUUGUUGCCUCCUGGUCUGGCUCGCAAGAGGGUGUGGAACAAGAAGUAUCCCAUCUGCAUCACUCUGGCUGAGGGGGAGGUAGGGGAGGAGAGUCUGGUUGAAGGUCAGGAGGAGGAAGAAAGGACGGAGCGACACACCUUACUGGACAACCAGCUUCCUGUCAGCCUCUACCUGUUUGGCCGCACGGGAAGAGAGAAGGAGGAAUGGUUCCAGCACUUCCUGUCUGCCUCCAGGGCUGGAGCCAAGAGCAGUGUGAGCGGAGAGGAGAACACAGAAACACUACUAUCUGGCGGAGAUGCAGUAAAAGACGGCACAGAGGAGCUGCAGGAUUUGCCAGGAGCCAUGAAAACAAGAACGCUGUUGGACUACAGCAUCUACAUGACUCAACUGAUUGGCUCAGAGAGUUGCAACCCCACACCCAGCCCCUGCCACAGUGAAAAGGGAAGCCCCACAACCCACAAGAAGAUUCACAAUGAAGAGCACAACUCUGGAGGUCAAGCUGGAGCUGAGUCCAGUGCAGGUUCAGAGGCAGGGGGAUGCUCUGCAGAGGGCCAGCCCACCUGGGUUAACUCCCUAGUGGGAAGGAUCUUCUGGGACUUUCUCCGGGAGAAGUACUGGACCGAUCAGGUGGCGCACAAGAUCCAGAAGAAACUCAGCAAGAUCAAGUUGCCAUACUUCAUGAAUGAGCUGACUCUGGCUGAUCUGGACAUUGGCACCUGCCUACCUCAGGUCCUGAACACGUCCAAACCUACACUGGACCGCAGAGGCCUGUGGCUUGAAAUGGAGGUGAUGUACACAGGCUGCCUUCAGAUGACCCUGGAGACUAAGAUGAACCUGUGUAAGCUGGGUAAAGAGGGAGAGGACGAGGCUCACAGUGUUCCAGAGACCCAGCAAGUGGGCUGUAAGCCCAGGCUGUGUAUACUGGCUGAUAGUGAUGAAGAGUCAUCCAGCGCAGGCUCGUCUGAUGAAGAGGAAGUCCCUCCAUCUGAGCCCCAGGGAUCUGUAGGAGAUAAGAGCACAGCGGUAGCAGCUGACGGGCACACUGGUGGCAGCACAAGUAGGAAAAUCCUGAGAUUUGUGGACAAGAUAGCAAAGUCUAAAUACUUCCAGAAGGCCACAGAGAACGAGUACAUCAGGAAGAAGAUAGCUGAGGUGUCCAACAUGCCUCUGAUGCUCAGUGUAGAGGUCCUGGAGCUCUCUGGUACUCUGGCCAUCAACAUCCCACCUCCUCCUACUGACAGGAUAUGGUACAGUUUCCGGGUGCCUCCCAGGUUAGACCUUCAUGUGCGUCCCAUGCUCGGGGAGAGGGAGGUCACCUUCACACAUGUCACUGAGUGGAUCGAGAAAAAACUGCAGUGUGAGUUCCAGAAAGUGUUUGUCAUGCCCAAUAUGGACGAUCUGUAUCUGCCCCUGAUGACAUCUGGCCUGGAAAAUCCACCUGCAUCCCACCACUCCUCAAUCCAAUCCACAUCCCAACAGUCCUCCAUGGAGUCCCAGGACUACAUGUCAGAGUAGUGCCCCACUUGAGGCUACAGAUGGGAUAUUUCCUGAUGCAAAUUAGCCAUUGUGCAGCUAUUGCCAUGAAUCUCUCGUGGAUUCUGAGGCAGCUGCAGCUGGGUACCGGCUUGGUGUUCAUCCUGAGCGUGUUCAUUGUAACCAGCGUGGGAUAGAUGCCUCCUGAGGGCACACUGAACAUGGUAUUGACCUCGAGACUGUGACGACGGUGCUACAGUGCCCCCAACUGUGAAGAUAUUGAACUGUACCUAACAUCCUUAUCACCAGUGAGAGCGCAUAGCCCACUGGAUUUCCAAAAGGGAAAUUUUUUUUUUUUUUAAUGCUGUUGCUGACGUAGACUGAAGAACAGAAUGUCUUUACUGCUCAAAAACAAGGUGUUGUUGAUGGCUACUGUUUUAAAAGAAUGAAGACUGAACAACAAACCAUCCAUCAAUCAAUUUUCUUAACCGCUGAUCCUCUUAAAGGUUGUGAGGUUGAACAAACUAGAAAGUGAAAAAUAUAAGAUAAAAAACCUGAGAAGUACUUUUUGUUCUGUUCAGCCAAGCUGCCAUGGCGCAUGUUAUUUCUGAACAGUGUGACUGUAAUAUGCU